UCAAUAGUAAGUUAUUGAUUUAAAAGUUUACCCAUCAUUAUUACUUACCCUAAAAUGGCUUUACAAAAACCUAAACUUAGUGGCUGUAUACAUUUUGUUGAACAAAAGAAUGAGGAAUUGAUCAGUAAUUAUCGCAUUAUUUAUUCAAAUUUUGUAUCUUGUCUAUAUGACAGUUCCAAAAUAGCUAAAAAGAAACUGGCUGUGUGUCAUGAUUGUGAAUUUGAAGGUGCUCGAUUAUCAUCAUGUUUGUCUUGUGUAUAUUUUGCAUGUCCCACACAUUUAACAGAACAUUUCAACAAAACACAACAUAGUUUUGGUAUGAAUCUAGUUACUGGGCAUUUGUUCUGUUGUCAUUGUGAUGAUUAUAUUUAUGAAACGGAAACGCUAUCGAUAGCGAAUGAAUUUGAUUCGGAGAUUUAUAGUUUUAAGAAGUAUAGAGAAUUUGUAUCAGUGGAAUACAUUGAAUUAAUUCAAUCAAGUAAUAAUAUUGCAUAUGAGAACAAUACACCAAUUCCUGGAUUUGUUAAUUUGGGUAAUACAUGUUUCUUAAAUAGUGUAGUACAGGUGCUUAUGCAUACACCUAUGUUACGAAAUUAUAUUCUUUCUGACCAACAUGUAUGUCCUUUUGUAACUGAACCUAGCCAAUGUAUAAUAUGUGAAAUAAGUCGAAUUUAUCAACAAGCUUAUGCAUUGAAAGUUAGUGUAAUAAGCCUACACAAUUUAUUGAUGAUAUUUUGGGAUAACACUUGGUACAUGGCAUCAGCCUUACAACACGAUGCACAUGAAUGUUUCAUUGCCAUAUUGGAUAUCAUACACAACCAAGCAAUAAUAAAAAAUGAAAAUGAUAAAGAUAUAAAACAUUUAGAAAACUGUCAGUGUAUUAUUCAUCAAAUAUUCAAAGGUGUCCAGCAAAGUGAUAUUAUUUGUCAGAAGUGUAAUAAUGUAUCAUCUAAGAUUGACAUCAUCAAUGACAUUCCUAUAUUUUUUUCAAUGGAUGAAAAAGGAAAGUAUCCAACAAAUUUAACAUUAAUGGCUUGCUUAGAACAAUUUGGUCAAAUUGAGUUUUUAAAUGAUUUGGAUUGCACAAAUUGCCAAACAAAGCAAUUUUCCUCUAAACAACUUACUUUAAAGCAUUUGCCAAUGGUUUUAUGCUUUAUUUUAAAAAGAUUUGGACAGGCUUCAGAUAGCAUUUCCAAUAAAAUUACUACUGUUGUUGAGUUCCCAGAAACAUUAAAUAUGGCUAAAUUUAUGAAGAAGAAAACUCAAACUGGAAAUCAUUUCAUAAAUGAGUGUAUUCGUACUUAUGAAACAAUCUAUAAAUUGUAUGCUGUUAUUUGCCAUGAAGGUCUACUGAAUGGGGGACAUUAUUUAUCUUAUAUACGACACAAGGGAAGUUGGUAUCAAUGCAAUGACAAUGUUGUAAGAUUAGUACAAUUUGAAGAUAUAUUGAGAAGUCCAGCAUAUCUAUUGUUUUACCACAAAGAAUUUUUAAAUUACUAUUCAUAAAUUAUGCAUGCAAUAU